CCUUUGCGACCGGCCAGCUGUACAGUACAGGCGUGGAUCCAGCCAGUUGCGACGAGCGAGCUAGAGGGCAGACCUCGUUUUUUGGCAUUUGAACACGACUUGACGCCUACGUCACUCAUCACAACGAGAAUGGGCAAUUGUUUAUCUCGCGACGACAGCAAAACGAACAGCUACUCACCAGUGGCAUUAGCUGUGGGAGAGUCAAAGAGUUUCAAUGGUGUCCAAAUUGUACCCGAACCAGUCUACAAUUGGCAUCAGACUGAAGCUACGACAAUUAUAUCUCUAGACUCCAAUUACAAGGAACUGCGUCCAGAAGACGUUGUGAUCAAUGUCAGUAAUGGGGUGCAUCUAACCAUUGUCGUCUAUCUCGGAUCCAUGUUGUACCAAUUAUCUGGUGAGAUUUAUGCAACUGUCAGUGAGAUGUCAGUUGAUUUUAUUGACGGACGUUGUGAUGUGUGCUUGACAAAGUUUGAAGUUUCUCAUUGGUCUGCCUUGCACGGUGGUGCUCCACUGGCAGUGAAAUUUGCGCCCAAGAAGAAGUUUGAGAUGAUGUACUGCUCGUGUGCUGUGAAAGAAGUGAGGCAGGUGACUCACGACACCAAGAUGUUUUUGGUGGAGUUUCCUUCUCUGGCGUACGUGUGUGUUCCCUUGGGACAUCACGUUUUCAUCAGACACGUGGCGGAAGAAUACGAAAUAGUUCGACCAUACAGUCCUGUCGUCAACCUUGAAGGAGACCGAGGAUUCGAGCAGGGACGCUCCAUUCUACUGCUGAUCAAGAUCUAUCCAUCCGGGUCUCUCACUCGACUUCUCGCUCACCUAGCACCGGGAGAUUCGAUCGAAGUGAGUCGUCAUGAAGGAACUUUUACAGAAGAAUGCUUUCACCACACGGACACUCUGUUUCUCAUCGCGGCAGGCACUGGCCUCACUCCGAUGACGAAAUUAAUUCGCAGAUUUUUGGAGAUGGGUGAAUCGAAGCAGGUGAAGCUCUUGUGCGCGAACAAGACAGAGGAAGAUCAAAUAAUGGAAAGAGAACUGACUGCUUUGCAAGAGAGCUCUCACGCAAGGUUUGAGGUUCGCCAUACUUUGUCGCAGUCUUCUGCUACUUGGUCAGGCCUGAAGGGGCGAGUAAACAGAGAGAUGCUACAAGAAGUCUUCAACGCGUCCGAAGGAAAGGAAAUAUUUGUUUGCUAUUGCGGAAAUCUGCCUUUCAAUAUUAUGAUGCGAAGGAUUUUACGAGGGUUUAAAUUUCCAGAAGAUCACUGUCACCUCUUUGGUUGAUCGGGUUCUGAUUGGUCGUUUAUCUGAUUUGCUUUUAGAAAUCUAGAGAAAUAGAGAGAAUUAGACGGUCACAUACGGGUUACAAUGCUGUUUGGAUGACUACGUAUAUACCCGUAUAUCCGGGUGACAAUGUUGUUUCUUGUGGAUUUGUCGAUUUAUAUCGAGGCUUUGAAUGUAAAGAUGAAACUUUAUUUGCGAAAAUUUGCACAAAAAAUUAUUCAAAUAAAUAUGUUUAC